AUGGGGCGAACACACUCAGAAAUUUAUGGAUUUGUUGGAUGGAGCGUUACAUUUGCCAUCCUCUUCUUGUAUUUCGUUUAUUCCUUUGUUCCCGAAACUUGGUUACAUCAAAUCGGAAUCACCUAUUAUCCCGAUAAAUACUGGGCAACUAGCGUUCCUGCUUUUCUUUGCAUGAUAUGGAUGGCUGGGUUCUUUCUUAAUUACUUUUACUUACACUAUAGUGCAUAUCCAUUAGAUGACAUCCGAUGCAUUCAGGACGAAAAAACAAAUUAUUUGAAAAGAGAACAUGUCAUGGUUGGAGCCUUUGCUCCAGAGAGUAGUUCAUCAAACAAGAAUAGUUCACCGAAACUUGACACACAAGACGAAAUUAUUCUUGAUGAAUAUCCUACAGUUCCUAUUGUGAGAGACAUUCCACUGGAUAUUGUGAAUGAAUUGUUGUUUGAAAAUUAA